CGGAGCGGGGGAGCAGCUGCUGCCCGCCGGGACCGGAGGAGAGGCGGACGCCCGCCCCCAGGCCCGGCCUCGAAGGGCCUCUGAAGGACGGGGCAGCCCCGGCCGCCUCGGCUUCCGAGCCGCCGCCCCGCAGGACCCCGGCCGCCUCUGCGACCCGUGGGGGCUCGCAGCCCGGAGGAGCGAUCCGCGAUGGGCCGGAGCUGGGCCGGCUGGGCCGUAGGAUGACCGGUCGGGCCGGACGGCUUGCUUGUGGCGCCGCGAGGCUCUUCUCCCGGGCCUCGAGUCUCUGCCGCCGUCCGGCCGCGGGGACCAUGGCGCUCGGAAGCGUCCGGAAGGCGCUCUGCGUGGCGGAGAAGAACGACGCCGCCCGCGGGAUCGCAGACAUCCUUUCGAGCGGCAGGAUGCGGCGGAGGGAAGGAAUGUCCAAGUUCAACAAGAUCUAUGAAUUCCAGUAUCACUUGUUUAACCAGAAUGUAACUUUGAUUAUGACAUCUGUGUCUGGACACUUGCUGGCUCACGACUUCAAGUCACCAUUUCGGAAAUGGCACAGCUGUAACCCCCUGGUCCUCUUUGAUGCAGAAAUUGAGAAAUUCUGCCCUGAAAACUACGUGGACGUUAAGCGCACGCUUGAGCGAGAGGUUCUGCAGUGCCAGGCCCUGGUGAUCUGGACCGAUUGUGAUCGUGAAGGGGAGAACAUUGGCUUUGAAAUCAUCAACGUUUGUAAAGCAGUGAAGCCAAACCUGCAGGUGUUCCGAGCCCGCUUCUCAGAGAUCACACCUCGGGCCAUCCGGGCCGCUUGCGAGAACCUCACCCAGCCAGAUCCGAACAUCAGCAACGCUGUGGAGGUCAGGCAGGAGCUGGAUCUCAGAAUAGGUGCUGCCUUUACCCGGUUCCAGACACUGAGGCUUCAGAAGAUCUUCCCUGAGGUGUUAGCGGAACAGCUGAUCAGCUAUGGGAGCUGUCAGUUCCCCACCCUGGGCUUCGUGGUGGAAAGAUUCAAAGCUAUCCAGGCCUUUGUUCAAGAAACCUUCUACAAAAUUAAAGUGGCUCACGACCACGAGGAGGGCACAGUGGACUUCAGCUGGAAGAGGCAUCGUCUUUUCAACCACACGGCGUGCCUCGUGCUCUACCAGAUGUGCAUGGAGGCUCCUCUGGCCACAGUUGUGGAGGUUGGAAGCAAGCCGAAGAGUAAAUGGAGACCUCUCCCGUUGGACACCGUGGAACUUGAGAAACUGGCCUCUCGUAAACUGAAAAUAAAUGCCAAGGAGACCAUGAAGAUUGCCGAGAAGCUUUACACCCAAGGGUACAUAAGUUAUCCUCGAACAGAGACCAACAUUUUCCCUGAAGACUUAGACCUCUUCCACCUGGUGCACCUUCAGACCGAAGACCCCCGCUGGGGAGCCUUUGCACAGGGGAUCCUCGACCGAGGGGGGCCAACCCCACGGCGUGGAACAAAAUCAGACCAGGCCCACCCUCCCAUUCAUCCCACCAAAUGUGUCGGCAGUUUGCAGGGGAACGACCAGCGCCUGUAUGAAUUCAUCGUCCGCCACUUUCUGGCCUGCUGUUCGGAUGAUGCUAAAGGGCAAGAAACGACGGUGGAGAUCGACAUUUCUAACGAGCGCUUCGUUGCUCAUGGAUUGAUGGUCCUCGCCAGAAACUACCUGGAGGUCUACCCAUACGAAAGGUGGAGCGAUAAGGUCAUCCCCCUCUAUGAGAAGGGGUCUUGCUUUCAACCCACCAUGGUGGAGAUGGUGGAAGGGGACACCAGCCCACCCCAGCUGCUCACAGAAGCGGACCUCAUUUCCCUGAUGGAGAAACAUGGCAUCGGGACUGACGCCACCCACGCAGAGCACAUUGAGACCAUCAAGUCCCGCCUGUACGUGGGGCUCACCCCAGAUCAGAGGUUCCUGCCAGGACACCUGGGGAUGGGGCUGGUGGAAGGCUACGACUCCAUGGGCUACGAGAUGUCCAAGCCUGACCUUCGGGCCGAGCUAGAAAAUGACUUGAAGCUGAUUUGCGAGGGGAAGAAGGAUAAGGCUGUCGUGCUCCGAGAGCAGAUCCAGAAAUAUAAGCAGGUCUUCGUGGCCGCCGUGGCCAAGGCCAAGCAGCUGGACGAGGCUUUGUCUCACUAUUUUGGGGAAGUGGCUCACGUUGCACAAGAAGAUGACAUUUACCCUGCAAUGCCGGAUCCGGUUAGGAAGUGUCCCCAGUGCAACUCAGACAUGAUCUUGAAGGCCAAGAAGAAUGGAGGCUUCUAUCUCGGCUGCUUGGGCUACCCCGCUUGUAAAUCCGCGAUCUGGUUUCCUGACUCCGUGUUGGAAGUCAGCAAGGAUGAUUCUGUCUGCGAGGUCUGCAAGCCGCCUCCAGUGCAUCGGCUGAAAUUCAGGUUCAAGAGGGGCAGCCUCCCUGCCAUGAUGCCUCUGGAAUUUGUGGGUUGCGUUGGUGGCUGCGAUGAAAAUCUCAGGGAGAUCCUAGACCUGAAGUACCUGCAAGGGCCAGCCAGGGCCCCAACCCAGCCGAGGAAUCUCUCCCGGGAAGUCCACCGUUCCCUCAACGGUACAAUUCAAAGCCGGGGCCGGGGCUUGCUUGCUCCUCCGCCCCCCCCUGCAAUGGCGCCCAGGACUCCCCCGGUGCCCGCUGACAUGGGUGGGAACACCGUGGUGUGCAACUGCGGGGAGGAGGCCCUGCUGCUCACGGUCCGGAAGGAAGGGCCCAACCAGGGUAGGCAGUUCUACAAGUGCGGUGCCAGCAGCUGCCGGUUCUUCCUGUGGUGCGACCAGCAGCAGCCAGACAGCGAGCAGAAUGGCACGGACAGGCUCCUGGCACUGCCCCAGGGCGCUUCCCUGCAAGGGCAAAGGAGCACAGCAGGUCCCAGGAGGGGAGGCCCCCAUCCAGGAGCCGGCACCGGCCAAGGAGGCGCGCUCUGCAGGUGCAACCAGCCCGCAGUCACCAGGAUGGUCCAGAAGGACGGACCCAAUAAGGGGCGCCAGUUCCACACCUGCUCCAAGCCGAGGGAGCAGCAGUGCGGCUUCUUCGAGUGGGCAGACGAGUGCCCAUUGCCUGCAGCCACCCCUUUUCCUUCGGGCCACUUCACGGGAGAAUGGGCCGAACGGGGGCCGGGAGCCAAAGCCAAGAGAUCAGACAGCGAUUCCUCCUUGGCCCCUGUGAAGAGACCACGGACGUGCAGCCUCUGCCACCAGCCUGGGCACACCAAGGCAACGUGUCCACAGAAUCACUGAAGCGGCGUGGCCUGCAGUGAGGCCAAGCUAUUUGCUGGGGAGACUCAAGGCCUGUUUGCAAAUCGAAGCAUCAGAGCGGUGGAGCACCAGACUCUUCAGGAAGUGGGCUGCUGAAAGAUCAGGCGUGUUUCUUGCAAAGCAGGGACACCCAGGCCUCAAUUCUCUACAUUCUCUAAGUUUCAAAGUAUAGGUGGGAUUGGGGAAGGCUUUACAUCCGUGUUUCUCCACCUUGGCCACUUUAGGAUGGGUGGACUUCAACUCCCAGAAUCCCCCAGCCAGCAUCACUGGUGGGGAAUUCUGGGAGAUGAAGUCCACCCAUCUUAAGGAGGCCAAGGUGGAGAAACACUGCUUUAGACUUAACACUUUGCCGAGAUGCGUGAUUUUAGAAAGCUUUUCUUUUCUUUGGGAAUUUAAAUGGGGAGGGGGUGCUUCCCAAAGAACUGGAACUCAUUGGAUGACUGAUGCUUUCUUGGAAUUUCAAAGCUGAGCAAGCUUUUCCUAUGUGCAAGUCCCACUCUGCCUCUCCCUGUAAACUGGAUGAGCAGCCUUGAUAAUUUAUUCAAAAGGAAUAUAUCAAACACGCAUAAAAACAGCAGAGUUUAACCUUAGUAUUUCUAACUUAUCUUCGUCUCCUGCUAAACGCGAUAUUCUUACGAUUGAAAGGGCAGCCGCUGCCCAGGUCCAAAGUGAUGUGGAUAUUUUUUAAAUUAAAGUGUAUGCUUGGCUUAA